AUGCAGUCGCAGGAUACAUACCUGAUGCCGGCCAGCCCUGCGAGCGGUCGCCGCGCCGCUGCCGCUGCCGACUCGGUCCCUGCUGUGAACAAGGCCCAGGGCCAUGUCCCCGCAUGUUUGGUAAAUGCCUCCCUGACGUACUGCGGCAACGAUCGCAUCUACGCUUUUGGUGGCUUUGACCAGUACACUGACGAAGUGUACAACCACGUGCUCCGUCUGGACCUGAAUACCUUGCGAUGGGAAUUAGUAGACAACUUUGGGGACAUUCCUGGUGUUCGUAUGGGACACACUGCUAGCCUUUACCAAGGAGACAAAUUGAUCAUCUUUGGGGGCGAGAACGAACAUCGCGAAUACCUCUCUGACGUUAUAAUCCUAGACCUCAACGCCUUUCACUGGACGUUACCCCAGAUUAGUGGAUCGAUCCCUCGGGGAAGGGCACGCCAUGCCGCCGUCAUCCAGGACGACAAGCUAUUCAUCGUUGGUGGAGUGACUGGCGAGAACAAUGUCAUUCUCGAUGACUUGACAUAUCUGGACUUGCAAACCUGGACCUGGUCUCGAACUUGGAGCUUCACAGCCCGUUUCGACCACACGGCUUGGGUCUGGGGCAACCGUCUCUGGAUUUUUGGUGGCCUUGGACCUAAUAUGGAACGAACCUCCGAUAUCUGGUGGCUCGACCUCAAAGGCUCGCCUUCUCUAGCUGGAAUCACCUCCUCCCAAGGUACCGCCAAUCUUCCGGACACACGAUUGCCUAUUGCUCAUUACCCAGACUCUAUCUCUAGUCCUUCCUCGCAACAACUGUCGCCUCGCUCAGGUAUAUAUGCCGCGAACUCCGCAAGUGUUCAAGUCCGCAACUUCAGCCGUCGCAAACCUCUGGCUCCGGGCUCUAUCUCAUGUCUUCGAUUCCACUCUGGCCCAAACGUUCCCCAACUGUUCUCCGGUACCCACUUUCAAUCCUUUACAUCCGGAGUUCUCCUAGAUCUGAUUACUCCAUCUGAGACUGUGCGGUCGCAGGAUUGUAAUCUGUCUGCUCUGGAUUUGAACUCUCUGCGUUGGCAGCGACUGGCCGACGGACAAGAGAUCUUCCGGCCCGGUUAUCGGUGGCAUUACUGCACUGUGAACGAGACGGGGACCAAGGCGUGGUUGCUAGGAUGCAGUCUCGACUUGGCCAAUAAUGCGCCGGGGGCCAGCGAUGAGAAUCACAUGAGCGAAGUGCUCGCCAUUGACCUAGAGAAAUACGGCUUGCUUGGCAAUAGCCUGUCAGCGGAGGCUCCCCUCCAGGAUGCCUCAUGGCCAGCUGACCGGCCGGGGAACUCACCCGUCGUUGGUCUUGGGGCUGACCUCUCUGCCGUGUUUGACCAAUCCCCCGAAUCAGGGAGCGGCGCGGACUUUGUCAUUACCGCCAUUCGUGACGAUCACGAUUGCUCGGUCUCAGAUGACCUGUGGGAUACCCCAUCCGGAUCUGCCCCCCAGACCCAGCCUAUCUUCGUCGAGCCUAACCCCGCCACAUCAGAUCCCAUUCAUGUUCACAAGAUCAUCUUGCAGCUUCGAUGGCCACACUUCAAGCGGCUAUAUGCAGCCCAGAUGGCCGAGUACCACACCAAACGGAUGCACAUUCCGGAGCCCUACUCCGUCGUGCGUGCGUUCCUGUACUACCUCUACACGGACAGUAUCGCCGGCCAUCCCGAGUACUGCUCGAGUGUGAUCGACGUGGCAGGGAUGCUGGUGAUGGCUAAUCUCUAUGACAUGCCCAAGCUCCGUCUACUCUGUGUGAAUCGAUUGAGCCGCGAGUUAGAUGUGGAAAAUGCAGCCAUUGUCUGGGAGCGGGCUGGUCGAACGAGUGAACAUUGGCUGAUGCGCCGAGCUGCACAGUUCUGCCUGACCCACUGGGGCCGCAUCGUGCGAACGGACGGUUUCAAGUCCCUCAGCCAUCAGAGCUUGAUUGAGCUAUGCGAGGUGGUCGAUACCGAGGGUCGCAUCAUCGCCGGGCCUGACCUAGAGAUGGUUGGUGCGUUUGGGGCGGAUGCCCAGUGUGACCGUGACUCGAAGAGCGCUCGACUGCGGAUGGGUUCCGCCGCGAGCUUGGACGAUGAAUCGGAAGAUGAAGAUAUGGUACUUUCAUGA